UUUAAACACACGAAAUCAAAAAUCGGAUAAACCAAAACGAGUUCAUACUGAGUCAUACGCUCAGCCAUUCAAGCCGAUUCGCCUUCACGAAAUUCCUCUCUCUCACACAAGCUGCUGCUUCUUUAUUCUUCCUCUGAUUUAUUCUCAGGACCCAUAGGAGUCUCUUUUUUGUUUCUGGGUAACAUUUGAAUCUCCCAAUCCUGCUUCUCUUUCGCCUGUCCGGAUUCGACUCGGCUCGUUCCGAAUUCGAUGUGUGGUUUCUGAAUUUGAUCUGAGAUUUUGGUGGGAAUUAAGUUUUGCGUGUGCUCGGAUAUUAGAUACGAGAAAUGCCACUGGACUUGUCGUUCGAACAGGACCCGGACAAUUCCGACAUUGAGUUCGUUGAGGGUGAUCCCACUAGUCGAUAUGGUCGGGUCAGUUUAACGACAAAAUCGUCACUUUCCGUCCGAAAUUCUCAGUUUCUGCUUUAUAAAGAGGUUCUAGGAAAAGGUGCUUUCAAGAAAGUAUAUCGAGCAUUUGAUGAAUGGGAGGGAAUUGAAGUAGCUUGGAAUCAGGUUAAGGUGGCAGAUCUAUUGCGAAACUCUGAAGAGUUGGAGCGUCUAUAUUCAGAAGUUCAUUUACUCAAGACUUUGAAGCAUAAGAACAUAAUUAAGUUUUAUCAUUCGUGGGUCGAUACCAAAAAUGAGAAUAUUAACUUCAUUACUGAGAUUUUCACCUCUGGAACAUUGCGACAGUACCGGAAAAAACAUAAAUAUGUUGAUACAAGAGCAUUGAAGAAAUGGUCUAGGCAGAUUCUUGAGGGCCUUCUUUACCUUCACAGUCAUGACCCGCCAGUUAUUCAUCGAGAUUUGAAGUGUGAUAACAUAUUUGUCAAUGGAAAUCAAGGUGAGGUGAAAAUUGGUGACUUAGGCCUGGCUGCAAUUCUUCGCAAGGCUCGUUCAGCUCAUAGUGUCAUUGGGACUCCGGAGUUCAUGGCACCAGAGCUUUAUGAGGAAGAAUACAAUGAGCUUGUAGACAUUUAUGCCUUUGGCAUGUGUUUGAUAGAAUUGGUGACCUUCGAGUACCCAUAUGCCGAAUGUGCCAAUGCGGCUCAAAUAUACAAGAAAGUGACAUCGGGAAUAAAGCCAGCAUCAUUGGCGAAAGUAAAAGACCCUGCAGUUAGAGCAUUUAUAGCAAAAUGUAUUGCAAAUGUCUCUGAACGCUUAUCCGCCAAGGAACUUUUAAUGGAUCCUUUUCUCCAGCCAGAUGAGGAUAAUGAAAGUAUAGGUCGUUCUCUACGUCACAAGACCCAUCAUUCAGAAGUCAAUCAUGGUCAGUCUGAUAUUGUUAGAGAUGAUAAGGAUUCAGCUGUGGAGACAAGUCGAGACUUCACAGUUCAAGGUCAGAGGAAAGAUGUGAACACGAUAUUUCUGAAACUACGAAUAGCAGACUCCUCAGGUCAUUAUCGCAACAUCCACUUCCCGUUUGAUAUUGAGGCAGACACUGCAAUUGCUGUUGCAAGUGAAAUGGUUGAGGAGUUGGACCUUACAGAUCAAGACGUUUCAGCAAUUGCUGAAAUGAUUGACUCAGAAAUUCGGUCGCACAUCCCAGAUUGGACACCUAGAGAACUCUCUGGAGAUAGUUCUGGUGGAGAGGUUGCAAGUCCUGAUAUAUGUACCUCUGAAGCUAAGGAUGACGCAUCUUCCCUCAUGAAUGAGCCUACUACCCCUUCUUCAAGUGGUUUUGCAUUGGAAAGAUUGCCUUCAGGCCGUAAGUAUUGGUCUGACUCGCCCAAGGCACCUAGUGAAACCUCUCCAGGCCCUUCAAACUUGUCUUUGCAGGUUGAUUCAGUCGCUGCUGGGGCUAGCUUGACUGGUGAUAAUGAAAACUCUCCUGAUCUUAAUGAAGACAGAGACUAUCCUAAUUUUGGUACUUUACUUGAACAACCUGAGGAUGACUGUGUUUCUGAUGAUGAGGAUGAUAAUAAUGAAGAGAAGGAAGCUAAUUUACUUGUUGACCUACAAUUGGGCAAGCAAAAUAGUGCAGAUUCAGAUUCACAUUCUAGCAAUGGAGGUUAUCCAUUUGAAGAGAACUAUUUUGAAUCAGCAGCUGUCAAGAUAAUUGCUGGAAAACUUCAGAAUCUGUUAAAGCAGCAGCAACGGGAGCUAAAUGAAUUGAAGAGGCAGCAUGAAUUGGCCACAUCAAAUCUUAUGGAGGGAUUUCCUCCAGAGAUCUAUCAAAAGGUCUUGAAUAUGUGUAAGCAGAAAAUUUCCAACAACGAAAUGCACAGUGCCACACACAGCUAAACUAAGCAUAUUAGAGAUUGAGGCCCUAUACAAAUUGGGAGUGGUAUUGUCUCGCUUUCCCAGCUUGACAUUGAUUGAAAGUUUAGGUAAUCCACUCAUUUUUCACAGAAAGGAACGCAUUUGCCGGAAAGGCCAAAGAUAGUCUGUAAGGUAUAAUCAUCUUUCACAUGUUGAUGCUAUAUAUUCCAUGAAGCUCAAAUAUCCUUCAGGAAACCUGAUUACUCAGAUGCAAAAUUGUGAUUUUCGUCAAGAUCAUUCUGCUGGUUGCGUCUGAGAAGAGACUUCAACUCUGUUUAAGGGUAUUGGUGCUGUAUUGAGAGACGAUGAUGUGCAAAGUUAUAAGCCUGAGAAUCAUUUUUGUUGAAUAAAUAUACUUUCAAGAGUGACUUGCGAUGGGCUAGCUCAAAGAAUUGAUCCAUCCACAUAGAGAUGCUGAUGAGGUGAGACAGCUAAGAUUAGCCCUGUAUUUGUGAAUGCCUAGAGAAAUCAACAUUCAGUGUAUACUUCUAGAUAUGACUCAGUCUCUCUUGUACCAUUGCUUUCACUUGAACCACAAAGGGGAGAAUAUAAGCACUGAUUGAUCUCAUCACAA